UCAAAAACUUUCUAUGGUCACAUGCAUGUACCAUCAAGUGAAUAUGCUCCUUGCAAAAUCCGCCGUUAUUGUAUAAGAACAUUACUCACCUUACCAUGUGGAUUCAAUUUCCUUCUGAUAAAAACAGACAUGAGGAAUUGUCUUGCUCUGCCCUGUGGAAAGGGUAUCUCCAGGAAGGAUCAAAGCCGUCCCAUUGAUAACACAUUCAAGCUUCCUGCUCCAACACCAGUCUGGCCACCAGGUGAUGGGUUUGCCAGUGGGAUUAUCAAUCUUGGUGAGCUGCAAGUGGCACAGAUUUCAACAUUCAACCAAGUUUGGACAUCCUAUGAAGGUGGUCCAGAUAAUCUUGGGGCCACAAUCUUUGAACCCACAGGGCUACCAGAAGGAUUCUCUAUGUUGGGUUAUUAUAGCCAUCCUAACAACAAGCCCCUUUCGGGAUGGGUUCUUGUAGCACAAGCCAACUCUUCAACUUCAACCAGUAACCCAGCUCUAAAAGAACCACUUGACUACAAUCUGAUAUGGAGCACCAAGUCUCUGCAAAUUGAUCAAAAUAGCUCAGCCUAUUUUUGGCUACCAAACCCUCCUGAUGGCUAUAAAGCAGUAGGCCAUGUUGUGACCACAAUACCGGACAAGCCAUCACUCGACAAAAUCCGGUGUGUCCGGUCAGACCUCACUGACCAGAUUGAGACACAUACAUGGAUUUGGGGGCCAAGAAAAUCGAAUGACUCCAAUGAGUUCAAUCUCUAUGAAACAAGACCAAGCAAUAGAGGAACUCAAGCUCAAGGCAUUCUUGUAGGCACAUUUCUAGCUCAAAAUGGUGGAAAUACGAGUGCUUUGGCUAUAUCCUGCUUCAAAAACACUAACAUUAACUUAACCUCUAUGCCUAAUCUACAACAAAUUCAAGCAAUAGUCCACGCUUACUCUCCAAUCAUGUACUUGCAUCCCAAAGAGCAAUACCUCCCUUCCUCUGUAAACUGGUUUUUCACCAAUGGAGGAUUACUCUAUAAAAAAGGAGACGAGUCACAACCUGCCCCAAUACAACCAAAUGGCACUAAUCUUCCUCAGGAUCCUAAUAAUGAUGGUUCCUCUUGGUUAGAUCUUCCAGCAGACAGAGACAAUAAGGAAAGGGUUAAAAGGGGUGAUUUACAAAGCUCACGAGUGUAUCUCCACAUAAAACCCAUGUUUGGUGGAACAUUCACAGACAUAGCAUGCUGGGUAUACUACCCAUUCAAUGGACCAGCAAGAGCAAAAGUAGAGUUCAUCCCUAUUUCACUGGGGAAAAUCGGCCAACACGUAGGGGACUGGGAACACGUGACGCUAAGAGUAAGCAAUUUCAAUGGAGAACUCAAGAAGGUAUAUUUCUCACAACACAGUGGUGGUACCUGGGUCGAUUCCUUCGAUCUUGAAUUCAAGAACGGAAACAAACCCGUCGUAUAUUCUUCGCUUCAUGGCCAUGCGUUUUACCCUAAACCAGGGCUCAAUCCUCAAGGAACCAAUAGCGUCGGACUCAGAAACGAUACUGCGGAGAGUAAUAUGGUGGUGGAUAUGGGGACGGGGUAUGAAGUAGUUUCUGCGGAGUAUUUGGGGUUGGAGAUUGUGGAACCGCCAUGGCUGAACUAUUACCGAGAAUGGGGUCCGAAGAUAAGGUAUGAUAUUGCAGAAAAGUUGGAGAAGAUGGAGAAAUAUUUGCCCAUGAAGUUGAAGAAGCUUUUGGAGAAAUUGGUCAGAAGUUUGCCAAAUGAACUGCUAGGAGAAGAAGGGCCCACUGGUCCGAAAGUGAAGAGCAACUGGAAUGGAGAUGAAGUUGUUCGUUGAUGUGAAGAUCAGUAUAGCUCACUGUUGUUUCAUACGAAUAGCUGGAUUUGACUUUUUCUUUUCUAUUUAUUUUUUGGGGGAGAAUGACAAGUGAAAUCCAUAAAAAUAUUAAUAUCAAAUUAAAUUUUUUUUU